GUAUUUUACCGAGUUUCCUUCUUCGUUCCUUACAUUGGAUCACAAACGGGAAUCUUAAAAGAUUUCCAAUUAUGUCAACACCGUUGUCACCUGCUCCCGGGGUGUCCUUAUGCGCGCUUCUUUGGGCAAAGAAACUGUUUCAGGUAUUUCUACCAAGGCUUCGCUUAAGUGUUAUAGCUGUAGCUUUUCGGAAACGGAGAAGAACGUUCACAGUAGGUCGUCCACCAUACGCCAGGUCUGAAAUACCUGACUGGUAA